AUGGAUUGGGCCAAGCUCCUUACCGCCAUAUGGCGUGAGGACGGACACAAACUACCAGACGACAUGGGCCUUAUAGAACACCAAGUCAUUAACACUUUACAAGACGCACCUCGUAAUAAGGCAAUUGGGUUCGUGCUAAUCGCUUUAGCGAUUGCAUGGGGUGACCUAGUGCUUUGCGACCCAGAUAACUUGUCCUCUUCAACAAGGUCGCCUGAAGAACUUUACUUAAUAUCGCAAAUCAUACCUUCUUAUAUUCCUCGUAACAUGGCGAGGGAUCUAAUGGUCGAGUAUGAUAAAUUUGAAGAAAGGGCAGAGAAGAAUCAUACCAGCGGUAGCCCAAAGCGAGGAAGGGGUUUUGGGGCGGCGCAAGCGCGGUUCGAGAAGGACUACGCCACUGAAAGUCAACACCGAAAAGCAAUAGAGCGUACACAGCAGAAAGGAAAAAGAUCAUUUGCCCUCAGAAAGGCCGAAAUUAUGGACAGUAGUAAUGACACCACGGAGAGUGAUGACAUGUCAGGAAGGCAAAAUCGAUUGGAAACAGAAAAGAGACCGAACAACUCCAAAAAGACAUUGACCCUUGAACAGAUUGAUGAAGAGCUGGACAAAAUGGAAAAGUCCAGGGUCAUGCGAUCCCGACCCCGGGGGGUUGGGUUGGGACAUUGGGUACGAUGGAAUAAGGGCCAAGCUGCCCAAAGUCAACGCCAAAACGCGAGGGAAGACAGCUCACAGCAGAACGAGAAAAGAAAGCUAGCCCACAAGCAGAUCGAAAAAAUGGACAGUAGUAGUGAGACCGCGGAGAGUGACGGAACUUCAAUUGAUGAAAAACCGCACAGGGUGGAAAAGUCCAGAGCCAGCCGACCCGGACCCUUUACUGACAUUUUUCGCAAAGCAAAUGAGUAUGCCCGUCAACUCGAGAACGAGGCAAAACAGAAGUCUGCCAGUAGCAGCGUUACAUCGUUUCAGGAUACAUCCAGCGAAAUAGAAGAUUCCGACAGAGAAAGGCCAGUCAAAAGGUAG